AAGAACAUCCAAGUUUGUCCUAAAAGAUCGGCCUCUCGCCUUAAAGGAAUGUUUUGAUUAGCCGAACGCCUCCGGAUUGAGCCUGCCUCGGCGCAUGCGUUCCGACUUCCAAAACACGUUGGGUUGCUGCCACGGUCGGGACGGGAGGAAUACACCUUUGGUAAAGAACAUGGCAGUCAUGGGUAAGAAGGGAGCUGCUGGUGGGAAACCCAAGAAUGUUAACACCCUCAAAAGGAAGGCGGAAAAGCAGGACGAAAAGAAAACAGUUGCUGGUGUGAAGCGCAAGCGUACCGAGUAUGUUGUAACUGAAAAGAAGACAGACAAGAAUGCGAAAAAAAGGAGCAGGGAGAGGACAACCCUGGAAGGAAACCUGAGAAAAAUUUUCCAAGAACGAAGAAAUGCCAGGGACGCUCGUUGCCUCUUUGUCUUGAUGCAGAACUAUGAUGAGAAUGUAGAAUUUGAAAAUGCUGUGAAUGCCAGAAGAAAAUCAAAACGGACCUUCUUCGUGGACUACGCCUCAGCAAAGGAAGCAAAACAGAUGAUGAAGGUACUAGGGAAGAGACAAGAUAUUCUUGCUUGCCGAAGUGUGGUCAAGCCACAGAGUGCAAAUGAGACCAUAAUGGUGGACCCUUGUCAAUUGUACAUGGAGAACAUUCCAGCUGAUACAAAGCUCAAGGGAUUGAAGUCCAUAUUCCCAACAGCCUCACACAUCUCAUACAGAUCUAAGAAAAGUUUUGCAAAAAUUACAUACAAAGACGCUAAGUCAGCUGAGGAGGCCUUUAGAAAAGCAGACAAUCUAGUUAUCAGCGGCAACAAAAUGACUGUUCUCUUUACCACCUAUCCUACAAAAGAUGUAAAGAAGUCCACAGCAGCACCACCUAAAAAGAGGCAAAAGGUGGACCCUGAAGUAGAGCAAAAACAGGAAGAGGAGGAGGAGGAGGAGGAGGAGGAGAUGGAAGAAGAGGAAGAGGAGGAGGGUGAAGAGGAAGAGGGAAGGGUGAAGGAGGAGGAAGAGGAAGAUGAAGAGGAAGAGGAAUAAAUGGAAGAAGCAAUUGUUGAUUGAAAGUGUUGUGUUACCAGGCUGAAGGAACCAUGCCUGCAGAUGAAUUUAUUUAGUAGAUAUAUGCCUACUAGGUUAAGAAAUUGAUGAAUGUGCAGUGAAAGAGAUUUUGAUAGCAAGGAUGGUCAUCUCUUUUUAUAAGGGAAUGUUGAAUAAAUGUUGGACCUAUAAAGCUA